GCCCAAAGGAAGCUCUCGCCUCAUCACCAGCUUCCAUAACCCACCAAAAAUGGCCGCACGUACGCUCCGGAUAGCGCUCAUUCCCGGCGACGGUAUCGGUCGGGAAGUCAUCCCCGCUGGCCGCCGUAUCCUCGAAGCCCUCCCCUCUAGCCUCGGCCUCAAGUUCAACUUCACACAUCUGGACGCGGGUUUCGAGACGUUCCAGAAACAGGGUGUUGCGCUUCCUGAGAAGACGGUCGAGACGCUCAAGGGCGACUGCGACGGCGCGCUUUUCGGCGCCGUGUCCUCCCCUACGGUCAAAACGGAAGGGUACUCAAGCCCGAUUGUUGCGCUGAGAAAGAGAAUGGCGCUGUAUGCGAAUGUCAGGCCCGUGAAGUCGAUUUCCACUGCCGCAUCGCCGGUCGACCUCGUCAUUGUCCGCGAGAACACCGAGGAUCUCUACGUGAAGGAGGAGAAGACGUACACGGCCGCAGACGGCUCCAAGGUCGCCGAGGCCAUCAAGCGGAUAAGCGAAAGGGCGAGCUGGAACAUUGCUUCCAUGGCAGGCGACAUUGCGCUUCGGAGACAGAGGGUCCGGGAAAGCGGUGCCGCGAGCAUCCACUCCAGGCCGCUCGUCACCAUCACCCACAAGAGCAAUGUGCUCAGCCAGACCGACGGCCUCUUCCGUGAGGUGUCGAGGAGGGCGCUGGCACAGGACAAGUACCAGUCGGUCAGUGUGGAGGAGCAGAUCGUCGACAGCAUGGUCUACAAGCUCUUCCGUCAGCCGCAAGACUACGAUGUUAUCGUCGCUCCGAACCUGUACGGAGACAUCCUCUCGGACGGAGCGGCUGCGCUCGUUGGAAGUUUGGGUCUGGUGCCUUCGGCCAACGUGGGCAAGGACUUCGUUAUCGGAGAGCCUUGCCACGGUUCCGCCCCUGAUAUCGAGGGCAAGGGCAUUGCCAACCCUAUCGCCACGAUCAGGUCCACGGCCCUGAUGCUGGAGUUCCAGGGUGAGGAGGAGGCGGCUGCUAAGAUCUAUGCCGCGGUAGACGCCAACCUUGAGGAGGGCAAGCUGCUGACGCCAGACAUGGGAGGCAAGGCAACCACCGAGGAGGUCAUUGACGAUGUGUGCAAGAGGUUGUGAGACUCUAUCUUGGCGUUGACUUCAAGUAAAGCGACCUUUGGGUAUUGCCCUUCAUAACUGCAGUGUAUCAUGUAUCAAAAGCUUGCAUUAUCCGCAUCCCACCCGGG